AUGGCAUCUCUGAUUUUUUAUCAAGAGUCCCUGUCAGCUCAAACCAUUCUGUGUCAGCCAGAUCUCAAGGCCAAAAGUAUGGCCGAAAUGCGCCUGUUGAUUGGUCAGUGGCAAUAUUGUUGGGGCCCCAACAAUCUUUGGGAAAAGAUGUUCAAUGAGAAACUGCGGUCUGCGCAAGAUCAGGGGAGUGGAUCAGUGAACGACUUUUUCAGCCAGUGCAAGGCACACACUACUGACGGUCAACAACUUCUCAAUGAAUUGAAGCACAUCGCUUAUAGCCCGUGUAACGGGAGACUGGCGAGGGACAAGUGCAUUCAAUUGCAUGAUCUUUUGUCAGUGGUGUUGUCGGAAGUGAGGUUUUUUGAGGUAAAAUUUGAUGAGUAUGCCCCAGCUGUACCAUUAUCUAGAACAUUGUCUACAUGA